AUGGCUAGCGUCGAAGCCGGCGCGAUGGCGCUACACGGCACACAUCGCGGCAAGCCAGUCGUGCUGACGAUCGAUGGGUCAGAAUUUUGUGCGCGCCUCAAAGAUCAGCUGUGGGUAAAGAUCCCUGCCGAGCUUGUCCUCGAUGCCGUCAUGCACGGCAGCGCCCUAACUGUGUCGAUGUUGGCGCCGCCGCCCCGGCGCCUGUCAUACCAGCACAUCAUCUCGCACGAGCAGUGGUCCAGAAGGCACAAGCAAAAGAUCAUCCAGUCCCUACGUCUCUAUUCGAUCACGCUAGAGGUAACUGCAUCAGACUCCCCGGCCUUUGUGGAUGCGCUGUUCAAAGCUGCCUACCCACGCACGACACCUCACCGCCGUGUGCUUGUUCUUUGCAAUCCGCAGAGCGGCCAGGGCCACGGAAAAAGCAUGCUGGAUAUCGUUGUGAAGCCUGUUCUUCGGUGCGCUGGGUGCGCCAUGACUGUCAUCGAGACUAACGAGCCUGCGCACGCGUACCGCGAAUGCCAGACCCUGACCUUAUCUGACUAUGAUGUCCUGGCGUGUGUGGGUGGCGAUGGCACUCUACACGAGGUCAUCAAUGGCCUUGCAAGCCGCAGCGACGUUGCACAGGCUAUCAAGCUGCCUCUGGCACCGAUUCCAUGCGGUAGCGGCAACGGCCUCUACGUCAGCCUGCACGGCGCCGAGAAUGGGUUUAUGUACUAUUUGGCGUGCCUCAACGUGAUCAAAGGCGUGCCCCAUGUGCAUGAGCUUAUGACCAUCACACAAGAUGCGCACGACCUAAACACCGACGCGUGGCCGUACACGCUGCGUGGUCAGACAGCCGAUGGCCGCGAAUACGCUCAGUACUACUCGUUCAUGUCGCAGACGAUCGGCAUUAUGGCCGACCUCGAUAUCGGCACGGAGUCUUGGCGGUUCAUGGGCGACGUGCGCUUCGUCCUGGGCUACCUGUUGUAUGCUAUCCGCAACAGGCCUUGCCAUGCUGAUGUGGAUGUCUUCUUUGGAGAACGCGGUACUGUGUCGCUCGAUGAGAUGCGCAAAGGAUCCGAUGCAGCCUCUCGCUCCAAGGAAACGGAGCGCCCCGUACCUUCGAUGCCUCACGCACUGCGCUGCGGCUCGGUGCUCGAUCCGAUCUCACUCGCCACGACGCCAUACGACCCAUCCAUGCCCGACUCGGCACUCUCGCGCAACGAGUGGAUGCGGCUCCCGAUGCCCCUGUCGUUUGUGUACACUGGAAAAGUGCCGUAUGUCGCUCGUACGCUUAUGGCCUUCCCCUACGCACACCCUCAGGAUGGAUUCAUUGACGUGGUGGUGCAAGACCAGCGUGUGUCUUUUUGCAAAAAGCUCGCGGCCACGACUCGGGGCGAAAAGGGCAGCCACAUUCACGACCCGGGUAUGCACUACAUGAAAAUCCAGGCCCUGCGCAUCACGCCCCACAACAGGUCUGCACGGCACAGGUACAUUAGCAUCGAUGGCGAAAAGGCGCCCUACGCACCGUUCCAGGCGGAGCUCUCAGAGCUAUACAUGACGCUCCUCUCUCUGGACGAUGACGAAUGGCGUGCGCCCAGCUUGCGACCACCUAUGCUGGAUGCGGCUGCCACAUAG